CAGGACGAAUUGGCGGCAUCUUUGAUCGCUGUCUUGAAUGCGGACUAUCGUAUUCUCUGAAAAAUUCCAAUCGAACCGCUCCUGUUAUAUUCUCGGUUGGCUGACAAAACGUUCAUCGGAAUCGAAGAAAAAUUAAUAAUUAACUCGUAUUUGUUUGUUUAACCUACAUCGUGGUUUUUGUGAGUGCUCACAAGUCCAUAAAAAUGACUGAUCGAUGAAGUCGUGCCAAUAAAUAUUCAUAGUUUUGCAUGCUCGACUAUUCUUCUCAGUUUGUCGCGGUUGAAUUCACAAGUACUGAUAUUCGAAUAGAAUUGUAUUGAGAAUCUUUAAAAUGAAAAUGCAAACGUAAAAAUUUACUUGUUGUUCGUGAUCUUGCGACGUUAGCUGCAGUCAAUCGUGUCUAUAGUGAUUUCAAAUGCACUCUCAUAAACCGACGGUGCAUAAUCGUAGACCGUUCCAGAGUGACAGUACCGUUAGAAUAGGCACCACACAGAGGAGUGAAGGCGCCAGGCAAUCGAGUUACAAUCUGUAACAUUAAUACACUUUUAAUGCCCGAAAUCGAUUCAUUCAUUAUUCGUUCACGAAAGUGAUUUCCGUCAUCAUUUUCUGUGUGCUUAUUCGGUUCGUUCCUCGCUCGUAGUUUGAAAGGUGAUAAAAAUGACUGCUCAACUGCAGAAAAACAAUACAACUGAGCUCGACUCUCGGCAAGCAGUUUUGCCAGACUUAAUAGAAUGUGAGUCACCCACGAGUUCAUUACCAGGACCAUCAACCGAGAACAAUACACAACCCAUUUUCAACAGUCCAACAUCACCAAAACGUGCUUCCCUAACGACUGCAACGUUGUCCGGUCCAGCUUAUGAAGUUCUCAUUCCUGCGACGCUUAAAAACAGUGCUACCGUUACCACAACUGACAUCUCUGCCACUGAUUGUGAUUUGAAUACGGAGACAAUCCACAAAUUAAUGGAAAAUGGCAUUGAUUUCACUCGCAAGGUGUCCACGAGAAAACGUAUCUACGGUGAGGAUUAUCGAGCGUUGAAUAAUUUUUGCAUCAAACCGCACUUCAAAAUGACUCGACUAGAGCGACUAAACUACGAAACGAUCGAAAACAAUCUACAGAAUCGCGGUUCUAUGACAACCAGCAUUAGCGAUAUUGGUCUAGCAGAGUCUGCAUCGAAGCAACAAAAAAGAGAUGUGAUACAAUAUUGCAGCAGUGAUCCCACGCCUACUGCAGAGACUCGCAUCUACGAUACGUAUACCCUAUGUAUCGAUCACAUCAGUCAGCUUUGUUGGAUUUGUUAUUCCCCAAUAUGUGUAUGCUUGAAAUAAAUCGAUUUUUCGUAUAUUUGGGUCGCCACCAGGUCUGUCAGAUCGAUGAUUUUUUUUAUAAACGUCCCUCAUUUAAUGAUGCUGAAGUUUGCAACGUUGGAG